UUCAUCUGAUGACUCCAGUCUUACCUCUUCCUUGCACGCAUCUCCUCUUUCAUCCAUCCUCUCAUGUACCGACUUCGCACGAUUCUCUCAGCCGUCGAUUAGGGUUUGCUCGUCGUCAGGUGCUUCGCGGGCCUCUGUAUCCAUGAUGGCGACAAGUUGGCUUCUCUGCUUCGCCAUCACUCUGGCGAUUGGGGACUUCACCUCUCUCGCGUUUGUGACUUUCAAGCUUCGUCCAUGAUGGUCCAGAAGAACAGAUUCAAGAGAUUGAUUCUGUCGGGGAAGAGGCGUGCAUCCAAUACGCCCGUUACUACAUGGAGGCUGAUGGGGGCAAGGGCACCUUCGUGGGAUUGCAUGAGUGUUGUCUUUUUGCAGUUUGAAACCACGCUUUUGAAUUUUAUUUCUGGUACAUCUAAAGCUUGAAAACAGGAAGGAAUGCAAAUUGGCAGAAGAGCAGCAAGGUGUUCUUCUUCUGCCACCACUAGAAGCAAUGCAGUUGAAAACAUGAAACCAUGUAAGUCCCAUUCCCCUACAAUAGAUGGCCUUGUGUGUGGAGGGGAGCCUCUUAACUUGGAUGAUUUGUUAUCCAGUUUUCCUGCUAGAAAAAUUCAGAUUCUUGAACUCCUUCACCAUUUUGGUCCCCUGAAUUCUCCCAUGCUCCCAAUCUUUGUCUAUGGAGGUGCUUCCACCGGAAAAACCAGUGUCACUCUUCAGAUUCUUAGGCAUCUUAACCGCCCUUUUGUUUACUCAAGUUGCCGUACUUGCUAUAGUGCCAGGAUCUUAUUCGAGUCCAUCUUGAAUCAGUUGUUGCUUCACACUAAGAAUGAAGCUAAUGGUUACUUGAGCAUAAAACGCUGUGAAAAGCCAUCUGAUUUUGUUAAUAUGAUCCGUGAAGCAUUGGUCGAUGCCAUGAAUAAUCUUAAGGGGAGGCCAGGAAAAUCAAAGUUGGGUGAAUCAGCAGGACGUGCCAAUGGAAGGAUGAUCUACUUGGUAUUUGAUAACUUGGAGCUUAUUCAAGAGUGGGAUAAGAAUUCCAAUUUAUUACCUUUUCUAUUUAAUCUGUAUGAUGUCUUAAAAAUGCCUGAUAUUGGUCUGAUCUUCAUCAGCAGUUAUUCACCUGAUGCGUAUUAUACAAACAUGGGAUAUUUAGACCCUAUCCCUCUUUAUUUUCCUGACUAUACAGAAGAUGAUAUCCGUCAAGUUUUCCUGAGAAAUCAAGCAAACCCGAAGCUCUAUUCCUGCUUCUUUGAUGUUGUACUUAGACCUUUUUGUAGAGUUACAAGACGUCUGGAUGAAUUAUCUACUGCAUUCUCAUCAUUAUUCAAGAAAUAUUGUGAACCCUUAAGUGAUCCAAUGGUUGCUCCCAAUGAAGAAAUGAAGAGAAGGUUGUUUGGUCAUGUUCAGUCACAUAUCGCUCCAGCUUUGAAUGAGGUAUUCCAGGUGGCAUCUCAGCCUUCCCUUGAAGCCAACAGAGAGACACAGGGAAGGGGCAGUAUAAAAAGACCAGGAAGUUGUGGAAAUCUCGAUGAGAUGGAGUUUCAUAUGUCUACUUCUGGAAAGUAUCUUCUAAUUUCAGCUUUCCUGGCAUCCAGAAACCCAGCAACUCUUGAUGCAUCAUUAUUUGAUCCAAAGGGUGAUUCUGAUAGUCGAAAACGAAAGAGAAAGGCAUCUGGAAAAUCGCUGGAGAAUAAAGAAAUUGCAGAGCAAGAUUUACUAAUGAAAGGGCCUGGAACUUUUCCACUGGAGAGGUUAUUAGCCAUAUUUCAAUGUAUUACAUCCGUAGCAGAAGGUUUUCUUGAGGAAGAGAAACAAGGAGAUGAUUUAUCAAGAGUUGAGGCAGGGAGUAUUUUACCUAUGUCUGAUGUUUUAUUGCAAUUAUCCAGUCUCUGCAAUGCUAAUUUUAUUAUCAAAGGAGGAAGCUGCCCAUUAGAGGGUACAACUAGGUACCAUUCUACAGUAUCUGAAGAGCUGGCUCUCAAGGUAGCCAGGAGCCUAAAGUUCCCCUUAUCGAAGUACCUGUACAGAUGAUAAUCUGUGAUGUGAAAAGCUACAUGUAAUUUGGCUAUCAAUCUAUUUUGAAGGGUGACGACAUUCGAGAGAUGCUCCUGUUUCUUUUGGUUGCAGAACCAAGCUUGCUUUAUUAUGGAAAACAUAUGUUCUGUCCACCAACUUGAUGAGGAUCACAUUGCUGUACUCAAGUUGACAUUAAUUUCUAUUUGUCCAUAUGGACAUCGUCACCAUCUAAACGAAUGGUAGAAGAAGCUGAUUUGCUGCGGAUUUUGUUGGCAGUAUGUUAGAUUAUACUAUCAUAACUUAGUUUCCUAGUUUCCUUUAUGAUAUGUUUAUCAAGAUUAAGCA